GCCCCUUGGUCAUUGUCGGCGACGCUGCGGCACAGUUGCGUGUUCCCGCCUGCUUCCUGCGAUCAUGUUCAUGGCUUUUCUGGACUUGCUUGCGCUGAUCGUCUCUCUGGCGGUCAGCCUAGCGGUUGUCGUGCCCCUCAGUGGCAUACUUAUCCGAUACCGGGCGAACUACAAUCCCAAGGCGCUGAACUUGGACUCUGAGGGCGGGGCUACCCCUUACACCGGGCCAGUGAUCAACAACUACUUCGCGAUGUUGGCCCGUGUCUGGCGGAUUGAGGGAUGGGCUGGUCUUUACAAAGGCUUCAUGCCCACCUUCCUCACGACUUCGAUGAUCACUGUCGGCCUCAUCCUCUUCGCCGAUGCGCCUCGUCCUGGUGCGGGGCACUACCGGGCACCCGACGUCGGCAUCAUUGGGACACUAAUCUACAGCUUUGGGAACAUGCUCAUAUCUCUACCUAGCGCCAUCCUCACUUGCCGCGCUGUCACUACACCUUACAAGCUCCCUUGGCUGCAGCCUAUCAAAUCCCUUCGCGUGCUAUUGACGCCCACGGAGCGUUCGCGUCCCUGGAUUCUAUACUUGACUCCGGGUCUGCUUGCUGCGCAGGCUCUACACAUAGCUGUUGUUGUCCUCUUCCUGGGCCCUCUGCAGCGCUGGCUCGUUCCUAACACACCCGGUCUUGGCGAGGAUUUCUCCCCCGUCAAGUUUGGAAUCUAUUGCGUGGUCGUCCUCCUGAGUACGGGUGUUCUGGCGCCUCUCGAGGUCAUCUCUACUCGUCUGGCUAUCCAGCGUAAUCAUGCGUCGGCGGAGUACAACUCGGUCGCCCAAGAAGUCGAGGGCGAUGCGGAGGAAGUCGAUCUCGCUGGUGUCGAGGAGGACGUUAUUGGUUUGCGCCACGAAGCCGAUCCGUACGUCGGACUGGUCGACUGCGCAAAGCGAAUGGUGGACGAGGAAGGAAUUCAGACGCUAUACCGUGCAUGGUGGUUGACGCUACUGAGCGGAUUAGGGAGCGCCUUCGCGUAGUGCGCAAUGUAUGAUAAGUCAGUGCCAAUCUAACAUAGCUAUCUAUCAUAUCUGCUGUUUCUACUCUC